AUGUCAAUAUGUCAGGAUCUCGGCCUUAAUUUCCAACAGAGAAUGGGCGCAAAUAUAUCACAACUAGAAAGGGAUAUUGGGUCAGAGCAGUUCCCACCUAACGAACAUUAUUUUGGUUUAGUUAAUUUUGGUAACACUUGUUACAGCAAUUCUGUCUUGCAAGCCUUGUACUUCUGUCGUCCUUUCCGGGAAAAGGUUCUAGAAUAUAAGGCAAAGAAUAAAAGAACUAAGGAGACACUACUAACAUGCUUAGCAGAUUUAUUUUAUAGUAUUGCCACACAAAAGAAGAAAGUGGGUUCAAUAGCACCAAAAAAAUUUAUUGCUAGGCUAAGAAAGGAAAAAGAGGAAUUUGAUAAUUAUAUGCAACAAGAUGCACAUGAGUUUUUAAAUUUUUUAAUCAAUCAUAUAAAUGAAAUUAUAUUGGCGGAACGUAACCAAAGCACGUUAAAGCUUCAAAAGCCACCCGGAGAGGGUGUAACCUGCAACGGCACCAUACCUCAGAGCACUGAACCAACAUGGGUGCAUGAGAUAUUUCAAGGAACUUUAACCAGUGAGACAAGGUGUCUGAACUGCGAGACAGUUAGCAGUAAAGAUGAACACUUUUUUGACUUACAGGUGGAUGUGGGCCAAAACACAAGCAUAACUCAUUGCUUGAAGUGUUUUAGUGAUACAGAGACUCUUUGCAAUGAUAAUAAGUUUAAGUGUGAUAACUGCAGCAGCUAUCAGGAGGCGCAAAAGCGAAUGAGAGUGAAGAAGCUUCCUCUGAUAUUAGCUUUGCAUCUCAAGCGCUUCAAAUAUAUGGAGCAAUAUAAUAGGCAUAUCAAGGUGUCCCAUCGUGUGGUUUUUCCGUUGGAGUUAAGAUUGUUCAAUACUUCGGACGACGCGGUGAAUCCUGACCGGUUGUACGAUUUGGUGGCAGUUGUGGUGCAUUGCGGUUCGGGGCCUAACCGGGGACACUACAUCAGCAUUGUCAAGAGCCACGGAUUUUGGUUGCUAUUUGAUGACGACAUGGUAGACAAAAUCGAUGCGUCCGCUAUAGAAGACUUCUACGGCCUAACUUCUGAUAUACAGAAAUCGUCCGAAACAGGAUAUAUACUGUUUUAUCAGUCUAGAGACGCUAGUUGU